AUGGACAUCAUGUCUUACCAAAAUCAAGCAGAGGAUCUUGUUAAGCACUAUUUAUUAGCAGAUCAGUUUCUUCCAUAUACCUCUGUUCUUGCUGGAAUCUUCCUCUGCAAAAUGGUCUAUGAUCUUACGGAGCUAUUCAGCUCAAUUCAUAUUAAAUCAUAUUCAGCUCUUACCAAAAUGAAGAGAGUUGAAUGGAACAAUAGGGGAAUUUCUACAGUCCAUGCGUUCUUUAUCUCAUUCAUGGCAAUCUACUUUGUGUUCUUCUCUGAUUUGUUUUCUGACCAAACAAGGCUUCAAGGCCUUAUGGUGUUUCGUAGCUCUCCUCUCUCUAAUUUUGGUUUAGGAGUAUCAGUUGGUUACUUUCUCUCGGAUCUUGGAAUGAUCUUUUGGUUAUACCCUUCUUUAGGAGGAUCAGAAUAUAUUUUCCAUCACUGCUUAUCCGGAAUGGGAGUAGCGUAUUCUCUGUUCUCCAAAGAGGCUCAGUUUUACGCAUACAUGGUUUUGAUCUCUGAAUUGACUACACCAGAGGUCAAUCUUAGAUGGUACCUUGACAUUUCUGGUUUGAAGCGAUCUAAAGCUUAUCUUAUUAAUGGUGUUGCCAUCUUCUUGGCUUGGUUGACGGCAAGAAUCCUUCUGUUCAUCUACAUGUUUUACCAUGUCUACAUACACUAUGAUCAGGUGGUACUGAUGCACACGUUCGGUUAUCUGCUGGUUUUCGUUGUACCGAUUGCAUUGAGUGUAAUGAACUUGAUGUGGUUUGGUAAGAUAGUGAAGGGAUUGAAGAAAACUCUUGAGAAAAGACAGUGA